UUCAAACAGAUAAAAACCAGCUUGUUGCUAUCGAAGCUACUAUUCGAAAAUUAGUCGCGUUGGUCUUGAAAGCUGAUUAUAAUUUCUCAAACACGAUUUCCGAAAAAAGAUCAAAUAUACUUUAAAGUGGCUUAAGUGAUUAUAGAGAAGAAUUAUUAUUCAAUAUAAAUAAAUAUAAGAGUUUCAUCCUGUUGUCGAAACAGUACGACGUUACCUUCCACCACAAAUGGCUGAUCCUGGCGAAUGCGAAUCCUGUUGUUUAGCUUAUACGUCGGUCAACUACCAGAAAGCUAGCGGAUCCAAUCAAGCGUUGUCGACUGUGCUGAAAUAUCCGCAAUUCCCAAUAGUGCAUUUGCUUAUGAAAGAACUCAAUCUGUGCGCUCACGAUCCUAUCUUUGUUCCCCCGUGGUAGCUUCAAAACUACCACUAAAACUUUUAUAUACAUAUAUAUUUAUAUAUUUUAUUUCUUGGUUUGCCAAAGGCUACCCAGUGGUAAUAUUUAUCCCUCUCGAUUAGAAUGGGAUAAUAAUUGUGCAUGUGAUGGGUUAAGGUAGACCUAAACCUUAUCAUUAAAAAACUGGACUCUAAGGACCUAUAAACUGUUUUUGCUAAUAAGUGUACUUUUUUCUUUUUCCAAAAUGCCGAUGCAGAGGUCUUACAAGUACAUAAUGUACGCUACCAAGCAACCGUCGCUGAGGAUCAACCAAGCUGACUUGAAGUGCAAGACAGGCUGUGGAUUUUAUGGAAAUGCUGACUGGAAUGGCUAUUGUUCAAAAUGUUACCGAAAUCAAAUGGAACAAGAAAGACAGAAAAGACCACGUCACGCACAAUCGCAGCCACCAACGCAUCAUGGAGAAUCGUCCAAAGCUCCUGUACCACCAGGAUUUUCAAAAUUUGAAGAAAAAAAGAAGCAACAGACCGACAAAAAGAGUAAAUAUUUGAAAAGCUUGCCGGUAUUCCGGAAAGCAUCAAAUGUUAAAGAUGUUGGAAAACCAGAAAAACACGUCAACGUGAGGCAAACAAAUCCAGACGCAGAUAAGUUGAUGGCCGAAUUUCUAUCAAAGUAUGGUCAUUUAGGAGACGAUGUCAGAAAAGAUUUCUUGAAAUGCAUUCAGCUCUUUACUACGAAACUGCUGAAUGAGAUGGAAACCAAACCUAUCGACGAAUUGGCGGAAAUGGCGCAGAAAUAUUACAAUUUAUACAAUAGUAGAAUAAAUUCCUAUUCUAUCUAUACUGAACUGGAUGGUGACGUGAGAAUUGAACUCGAAGAUUUUUUCGAGAAGUACAGCAUGGUCAACUUAUAUACAUGGCUCUUCUGUCCGUCAUUCACUAACGAUGAAGAAAAAGACCUGUCCAUCCAGGACCGUAUUAGAAAACUCAACUGGGUCAACGCCCACCAUCUGGACUGUUGUAUAAGCGAGACUAGUCUUGAAGUUAGAGAUCUGGUCUAUGCAGCCAUUACAGAUUUACUGGGUAUGGACUCUGUGAAAGCUCCCCAAGAAAAGCUACAAUGUGUCGUUAAAUGUUGCAAAAGCGUCGUUGAAGUCUUGCAACAUUGUCAAGGUGGACCAGUUAGUGCUGAUGAAUUUCUUCCUGCUCUUAUUUUUGUCGUUUUAAAAGCCAAUCCAGCAAGACUGAAGAGCAAUAUUUUGUAUGUUACUAGGUUUUGUAAAGAUUCAAGGCUUAUGCAGGGGGAAGCUGGUUACUACUUUACAAAUCUGUGUUGUGCAGUAUCCUUUAUCGAAAAUUUGACAGCUGAAUCUUUAAACAUGCCAGAACAAGAUUUCCAUGCUUACAUGUCUGGAGAAGUGACCACAGUUAGCGCAUGGGAUUCGGCUUUGGUUGCUUGUGAAGGUAUGCACCAACUUUGUGAACACCUGGCCUUGCUUAAAAUGUUGAAAGAACGCAAUAUCGCUAUACAAGACGAAAAACAGGAGUUGAUGGAAGACAUGAAAAAGUUAAAGGAACACAUAUUCGUGAGAGUAUCAUCGGUACUAGAACGAACACCUUUGAUAAUCAAGCCAAGGGAACUACCACUUCCUCUCACUGACGAUUUUGAAUCUAGCACUGGCUCACUUAUGGCAAAUGUAGCAUUGGUGACUCAAAAGAUGGCCAGAACCAAUAAGGAUAAAAGCAAGCUGAACCUAGAUAUAACGCCGUGCAUAUCUUUACCGCCUGAAGACGGUGAUAAUGAAAGAAACAAAGUAAUCCAGGAUCAACUAAGUCCAUUUAACGACACACAGAGCCUAGAUGGUUUAAUAACGCCAGAGGAAAAUAGUAUUCUUGGACUAUCAAAAGUAAAUUAUGAUAUAGAUUUUUCAGAUUUGAGUGCUGAUAAUAGCAUGGCUGAAGCUUUGACACCAGAAAAAAAAUGUUCACCGACGCCUAGCUUUACGCCUGACCCUUUUAGUCCUGUGGGGACCUCUUGUACUAUUACGCAACAACCUUUAAUACCCUUCAGUGUGCCAUCGCAAAUUUCCACUGUACUUGAGCCUCAAAAAUUUAAAGAUGAGUUUGUAAUACCGUUUCUGGAAGAUUUUUCAAAAGAGAAACAUGAAGAAACCCUUUUGGAUAAAGUUGAAUUUACCCCGACAUCAAAUCUACCACCACCGUUAAAUCCAAUUAAACCAGAAUAUAGUGGCUUUUCAAGGCAAGGCUUUAAAAUUCCGAAUAUUCCGUGUAAUACUGGGGACUUACAUUCCUUGACCUUAGAGCCAGGAACAUCUAAACAAGAGUGAACGUUGUUAAUAAUUAUUGCAAUUUUCUUUAUUACAUUUUACAAAAUUAAUAAUCACUUUUUUUUAAAUUGUAUUGUUACUUAUGAGUACCAAUGUUUUUCUAUAUUGUUGCUUUAGUUUGUGUUACUAUAAUAAACUGUCAUUUGAAGAGGUUUUUACCUGCAAACAUUA